UGUAUUACUAACACUUUCCUAAGUUUGUGGAGGUGGCAAAUUUAUUGUUCCAAGAGCAAUACUUCAUAUGAAUACUUACGUUUAUUUCUAUACAGGCAUAGCCAUACAUUUUUUUCUCGUAUGGUGAAUGUUUGUGCUCUAUAAGCAAGAAUGACAUCAUAUGCUUUAAAUCUUUGUGAAAACUCCAUAUCAAUAUUGGUUCGGUUUAUUGACAUAAUUUUACAAUGUGAUUUCAAAUUGGCUUUUUCUAUGUGUUUAAAAAAACUUGAAAAAUAUAUUAAAAUUAUGGUAUUUGGAAUAUUUUUAUCUUGCCUAAUUUCAACUUGUCCGAGAAAGGUUAUCUGAUUUUAUCGAAAGUUCUACAUGUAUUCAAAACUUUUAAUUAAUCUUAAAGAGCAUUAUUUGAGUGAAAACAUAUUCAAUGUUAAACCAAUUCAAAUUUAAAAUAUUCAUGAGCUGAAUAAAUUAUGAUGCAAAAUGUAAAACUGAGGAUUCUUUCUAUGUAGAUUAGCUAGAUUUGUAACGUGCAACAAGUUUUUUCAUAUUUAUCAUUCUACUUUUUAUUUCUUCUUAGUAAGGUUUUUUGAUAAAUAUAUACUGGUGCUAAUGGAUCGUAGGUAGUUUUAUCAAUUGCGUCGGUACAAUAAGUAGGCCCAUUAUUGAUUUUCAAAUUGAAAAGUUAAAUUCUAAAUUUGGAACAAAAUGUAAUCAUACUUAUUUCAAAGGGAAAGAUACUCAGUACAUUCAAUAAUUGUAUCAAAAGUGAAAAAAAAGUUUGUAAUAAUAUGUUUUGUUUACCGUAGGUGAUAAUUGUUUUUAUAAGAAUUGGGACUAGAAUUCUGAAAUAUUCUUUGCUGUGGCCAUCUUUUAUUUAAUAUAAUACUCACUUCAAUUAGUUUUGUUUUAUAUACCACUUAUUAUAAAGGAGAGCAAUUAUGGUAAUUUUGUCUGCAAUAUCUUUUUUAUUUACACAUAUAUAAUAAAAGAUUUUCUAUCUCUUUUAUGUAACUUUUUUGCCAUUCAUUAUGAGAGUCGAAAAGAUAUGCUUUUUCACUUUUUUUUUCAAAUCUUUUUGAAAAAGAACAAUAUCGUGAGAAAAAAAUAGGAAAUGAGCAAAUAGGUAUAUUUUGAUGACAUUGGGCGAUACUUAAUCUUGAAUAGGUAAUAUGUCAGAUUUUAUUUUAACAAGUUAGUAUAAAAUAAGAAAAUUCCUCAAAAUUUGAUAAAUCUAUUCAUCUGUAUUUUCAAAAAGUUUUCUGAAAAUCUUAAACUUUUUUUGAAACUAAAUACAAGCUUGAUUUAAUUGUCAUUUAUUGGUAUUAUGCUUCUCUGACUGAAUUCUGUCAACUUAUUUCUGAUUUCUCCACGAGAAACUCUGAAAUAAAUGUCAAUUUUUGUCAGCACUCUCAACUGUAGUCAUCUGAAUGUGUAAUGAAUAAAACACAUAUGUUCAUAAUUUUUUAUGCAUUGUCUUGUUGUAGUUUAUAUUUAAGUUUAUUCCGUUUAAUAAAUAUUAAACUAAUGAUGGGUGGGUAUACUUUGGCUUUGUUUGGAAUUUUUUGUUUUACGGUUGCUUGUACAAACGCAGCUCCUCAAGAAGAUUUGAUCACGGAAUUACCUGGUUUGUCAACUCUUCCAAAAUUCAAACAAUAUUCUGGAUAUUUGCAAGCUUCUGGAACUAAGCAUCUUCAUUAUUGGUUUGUGGAGUCACAACGCAAUCCAGCUUCUGAUCCUGUUGUGUUAUGGUUGAAUGGAGGACCAGGAUGUAGUUCACUCGAUGGAUUGCUGUCAGAAAAUGGACCUAUUCAUGUACAUAAUGAUGGCAAUUCUCUAUACAUGAACCCGUACAGUUGGAACAAACUUGCAAAUGUAAUUUUCCUUGAAUCACCAGCUGGUGUCGGAUACUCUUAUGAUGAUAACAACAAUGUCAAGACUGGAGAUUCAGAGGUAGCAUCGCAUAACUAUGCUGCAUUGCUGGAUUUUUUUAAAAAAUUUCCUGAAUAUUUGAAAAAUGAAUUCUACGUAACUGGAGAAAGUUAUGGAGGUGUUUAUGUUCCUACUUUGACUGAACAAAUUGCUGAUGACAAAAAACUUAACUUGAAAGGCUUUGCUGUUGGUAAUGGCUUGAGUAGUAUGAAGUUGAAUGACGAAUCACUGGUAUAUUUUGCAUAUUAUCAUGGACUUCUUGGAGAUGUAUUGUGGAAUAAACUUCUUAGUACAUGUUGUGUAGGAUUUACCAGAGAUAACUGCUCGUUUCAUGAGCCAAGAAAUUCUGCUUGUGGAGAUUAUGUACAAAAUGUCAUGGAAAUAGUCUACAGCAGUGGAUUGAAUACAUAUGCUUUAUACAUGGAUUGUGAUGGCGGUAGUCAGAGACAGAAAACAUAUAAAUUUACAAUGGCAAAUUUGUUUCGAAAUCUUGAUGCAGGAUUUCGUAAGAAGCUGCUCUCAACAAAGAUGCCAUAUGCCAAUUCACUUCUUCGUGAAACUCCUCCAUGCAUAAAUUCUACUGCACAAAAGAAUUAUCUGAAUAAACCGGAUGUCCGAAAAGCUCUUCACAUACCAAGCCAUCUUCACAAAUGGGAUAUUUGCAGUGAGGAUGUGGGAUCUCAGUACAAACGUGAAUUCUCUGACAUGAUGGCACAAUAUAAGAAACUUAUGGCAGUUCCUGGACUACGUGGUCUAGUGUACAACGGAGACACUGAUAUGGCUUGUAAUUUCCUGGGAGACGAGUGGUUCGUGGACUCUCUCGGACUUCCACCAGUCCAUGAUCGUGUACCAUGGUAUGUUGAUGGACAAGUAGCCGGAUUUACUCGAGCAUUCAAGCAACUUACCUACACUACCAUCAGAGGUUCUGGACAUAUGGUUCCUCAAUGGGCACCGAGUUACGCAUAUACGAUGUUUGAAAAAUUUCUUCUCAACCAACCACUGAUGAAGACAACUCGCGUCCCGAAGUAGAUGAAAUGAAUCGAGAUAAUUAUCAACAUUAUAAAAUUUAUUAGAAGCAGAUGAUUAAGCAUUGAAACUAACAUUCUUGGACAUCACAUGUGAUAUCAAUUCCAUGUGCGAAUAUAUCGUCCUAUGCAAUUAGCCUAAUCAAUAUCAUAUUUCUUUCCAAUACUAUAUUGCAAAUAAGUUCAGUAUACAUCAUGAAUUUUUAUUCCAAAUACAAUCAACCACAAAA